UCUAAAUUGACGAAAUGUCACAUGCGUUUACUUAUAUCAGGGCAUGCAUAACAAGCUAACCAUUACGAAACGUCUAUUGUAUCAAUAUAGUAUUGUAUUUAUCUCACAUAGCAAAUUAACAAUUCCAUUUUCCGUUGACCUCCAUACAAAAAUUCCUCACGUCGUGGGCAGAUUUUGGGUGGAGUAAAAGCUCUCGCUUCGCCUUUUCCUCUCUGUAGCUGCACAUAUAACUACGUGAUUCACAUUGUUGCUAGCAUAUUUAAACCAAAUUAUUAGCAUAUUACUUAGAUACAAAGUUUCAAUUAUCCGCAGAAGUCAGACAGAUCUCUGUUUAGUUUUCGCAAACGUUUGAAAAUGUUGAGCAGUGUUUCUCUCCGGGCUCAGAUCGCUUCCAUCAUAGAAGUACUUUCUAAAGCUGCGGUUUCAGAAAUUAACAAAGUAGUCGACGAUGGUAUAGUUGUGUUACGUGUAGAAAUGUGUCGACGGGAAAAUGAAAUCAACGUCCUGAAAAAUAAUGUACAACAACUUGACAGCGAGCUUCGAAGAGCUCGAGGGAUUAAUGCUCGAAGACGCAUUCAUCGUGGUCGAUCAGUUGCUGCUGAGAAUUUUAAGAGAGGGCCUGGUAAAAGUGGUACCACUUGUGAGGGGAAGACCUCGCUUGAAAAACUGCCUGGUAAAAGUGGUACCACUUGUGAGGGGAAGACCUCGCUUGAAAAACUGCAGCCUGAGGAAGAUUUGAAUGAAAAGGAUGAAGGAGUUGGACCUGCAGAUGAGAUUCUGGUGAAGACUGAGCCAGGAGGAGAGGGUCAACAGGAAGAGCAGACUACAGGGAUAAAAGACAGGGAAGCAUCACACAGCAGUGUUUUCUUUCCAGGGAAACCAUAUUUAGAGUCAGACGUCAGAGAGGAUAUGAUUUUACAGCUCAGACAACAACAACGUCAUCGGCAGUCAGACGCGCUCAGGAGAACAAGCAACGGCACAGUACAGUCAAACCCAGACCCUCAAUGUGUAUUGGGUUCUGACCCAAAUUAUAAUACGACAAGGAGAGCGAGUAACCGAAUAUUUUUCCAGGUUAAGAAACACUUCAUUUGCACACUGUGUGGAAAGAGUUUUGAACGUUACGGCCAUCUUGAAAGACAUCUACGAAUUCAUACGGGUGAGAAACCGUAUAGUUGUGACCUAUGUGGAAGGUGUUUCAACCAGAAGGGUAGCCUCAAAGGACAUCUGAAGACUCACAGAGUAUCGAUUGACGGACUAGCUAACAAUGAAGAGAAGCCUCUCCUGGAUGGACGUCAGUCUGAGGAAGAGCAGAUGAACGAGAAGGACGAAGUGUUCCAAACUGCUCCUCAGAUGCCCAUGAAGUCUGAGCCAGGGGAGGAGAAGGAUGCAUUCCAGACACUAGAUCAUAAAGCAGGAGAACAGACUGCAGGAAGAGCAGAACAGCAACUGGAUGAUGACUUGUCAACGUACGAGAGAGACGGCCGGCCGUGGAUGUCCAGUUCACAAGCAGACAACGAUAUGGAGACGAGCAAUUCAGAAUAUUUCAUCAGUUCAGGUCAGAACUCCCAGUGUCUCACCGAUCACUCCCCUGUACUUCCUGUCCCAGGAAGGGUGGAGGCGUCAUGUAGCAGUGCUUCAUCUCCAGGGAAACCAUAUGUAGAUGUCAGAGAGGAUAUGAUUUUACAGCUCAGACAGCAACAUUAUGGACCUUCAGACACACUCUUGAUAGCAAGUGACGGUACAGUACAGCCAAACUCGCAGGUCACGGACGGGGCUUCUCUGAACCAUCCUCCCAUCUUCUCCAGUUUUCCGGAAAGGAAGGUGAAAACCUUCCAAGGAGUCACCAAGGACAAGAAGUGCUUCAUCUGCUCAUUCUGUGGGAAGGUUUUUGAGCGUGUUGGUCAUCUGGAAAGGCACCAGCGAAUUCAUACGGGUGAGAAACCGUAUAGUUGUGACAUAUGUGGAAGAUGUUUCAACCAGAAGAGUAGUCUCAAAGGACAUCUGAAGACUCACAGAGACGAUGCUGACAUGCUACCGGGACAAUCUCUGCUUGAUGAUAAGAAGCCUGACUUUUAUCCUAGACCCUCGGAGAACCCAGAGGAACCGAGGGAUCAGCCCUCACCUGGUGAAGCACAGCCUAGCUCCGGGCACGUUGAGGAGGAGGAGGGCAGGGGGCAGGGGUUGGUGGGGGGAGCAGAGAAAGAGAAGCAGUUUGAAUCCCAGAUACUCAGUCAGUCAGGACCUCAACACCAACAAAGCACAGAGCGACCAGGUUACCAGGACGACCCAGAGUAUGUCAUGGAUGAGAGGGAGAGUCAGCUGUGUAGAUCUUUCACAGAGAGGCACAGUGAUGAGAGGGAGAGUCAGCUGUGUAGAUCUUUCACAGAGAGGCACAGUGAUAUGGAGUCUGGAUCACUAAAUCCAGGUUGCUCCUCCGAUGCGACAAAGCAGCAGAACUCCCAUCCUGUUUCACCCAGUGUCAAAUACCAUCACAGUUCUUUUGAUGGACUGCACCACCACCACGGGUUCUAUACGUUAGCUUCUAGAGAGGUGGAACUUGAAGAUUUGUCUUUUCAGGAUGAGAAAGACAAGUUGGAUGUGAUUGAGCAAGAGCAGUAUGUAGGGGUGGUUCUACAUGCAAGGAACAGGGAGGAUGGUGAUGGAACAGUACUACCUAGGUUUCAGGACCGGGUACCACCGUCACCACUACCUGUAGAGGAGGAAACGGCAAUGAGAGAGUACAUCACAGAACCAAACUACAGUCAAGAGGGGAUUUUAUUUGCCCUUGGCAUAGACAGUUUUGACAGUACAGAGGGAACCAGUGCCACUACAGACGACACAAGAAAUAGAUGUUUCAUAUGCUCCUUUUGUGGAAAGAGUUUUGAUCGCCAUAGUCAUUUUGAAAGACACCUGCACACUCACACUGGUGAGAAGCCCUACAGCUGUGAGAUAUGUGGUAAGACUUUCACUCAGAAGAGCAGCCUGAAAGCUCAUCAGAGACUUCAUACAGGUUAAUCAAGGGCCAAAGAGUCUUAUUUGUGUUCCAAAUGGCACCCUAUUCCUUAUUUAGUGCACUACUUUUUAGGGUAUGAAUUGCCAUUUGGGACACACACUUACUGAAAGUUGUUUUUACCUCAUCAAAACUCAAGUCAACACCAGUUAAUGAGUAUGGGACAUUUGGCUGCUAUUGUUAACACGUUGAUGGUGUGGUAACACUUUAGAAGUCCAACUAAAUUGUGUUGAUAAGAUGUCUUAUUUGUUUGUUUGAUAUGGUCGUUUUGACUUUUAAAUAAUUUAUAUUUUUGACCUUUUAAUUGAGAAUCAAUUCUCAUUUACAAUAGCGAUAUUCAAAUGUUGGUGUUACGUAAAAAGGAACAUUUGAGUAGUUCUUUGUUUUAAUGUCAUCAGGUAUCAUCUCUCUCAUAAUGUAAAAGUGUUUUUAAGGAAAACUUUCCUGCAUCAACCUUAUGGAUCAUUGAUCCAAUUUAACAUGUAGGCUACAUAUCCAUGUUUGUUUGUUUGUGAAGACCUUGAUGGUAGGGUUGCCUCUUUAACCCUUGAUCAUGACUCUGUUGCAUUACAUUACACAUGAGUCAUUGGAUUAAGCGUCUUCUGUUCGGGGAAGUUUUAAGAGCCCAGACAUUCGGUCUGAACAUUGCCACACGUCGCUUGUGGUACAGUUUUGGAAGCAUAAGGAUCAUAUCAGCGAGAAAAUACAUUUUUAAAAGUUAAAUUGAUACCUUUUUUAUAGGGUUAGUGUUUCCACAAGGCUGAUUAGUGAUGAUCUCCUAACACCUGUGUGUAAAUGGAUGCCACCACAAACACAGAAAAAUACUGUCUUCUGCAACUGUAGAGGGUUUAUGUAUCUAGAACCAACUGCUGCAAUUGAGAAUAGAUUCACGUUUAGAUGGCGUAUUUGGCUGUUUUGGCUUCCAGACCCAAUUCACCUCUAAACAGAACAUGGACAAUAAGGAGUAAAGUUAGGCUCCUUUAGUUCAUCAUUGGGCUAGGUUGUAGUUCAAAUGAUUGAGUUUUUUACUCUAGCUAUCUUAACCCAGGAAAAUCAACCUAAUUCAUUUUUGCUUUGAUUUGUUUUUUUGGGGUUUCUGCUUGUGGAUUUCUGAAAUAAAUGUAAAAUUGUGAACGUCUCAA